AUGGAAAAGAAGAUUCGCAGCGCCGAUGGCACCUCGAUGCCGGCCAGGUCCAUGAACCAGGCCGUGUCGCUCCGCGAGGAGACCUCCGGGAGGACGCACGUAGACGAUGCCUCCCUGCUGAGGGUCAAGCACUUGCAGAGGCUAGCGGCGUGGGCGGGCGCGGAGGCCGGGGUGGGCCCGAUCGGCGCGCUGCUGGGGCGCCGCCUCGCCGCGAGCGCCGAGGCCGCCGGAGUACCCCUCGACGCCGCCACUUUCCUUUGCCAGAGGUGUGAGACAAUCUUAAAGCCAGGCUUCAACUGCACUGUCCGCAUAAGGAACAAGAGAAAUAAAGCAAAACGUCGGAAGAAAUCAAACUGUUGUCAGAACAGUGUUUCCUAUGCAUGCCAUUUCUGUGGAGAUCAGAACCUAAUAUUGGGUAGUGGGAAGGGUGUUGUUAAGAGCCUGUUACCAUCAAGAGAGCAUGCUACUAUGAACUCAUCCCAUAGAAUUAUGAGAGGAAACAAUAACAACACAAGGACACAUGAUAAGAAAGAAGUGCUUGAGCUUUCUCAAGCAGCAAUUUUGCAAGUGGAAUUGUCAUCUCUGUUGAGACGGUCAACUUCUGAAAGUGAUGAGCAUGGCGAAAGGUUAAAAUGUAAUCUUGAUGAACAGAUGUAUGAAAUUGACCCUAUUUCUUCUGAGAAGGUUAAAAUAUGUGAAGCUACUUCGCAAGCAGAACUUCCAGUUGGUUCAUCAUUUGUCACACCUCAGAAAAAGAAACCGCUGGUGGCGACUGUCCCUAAAUAUUCAGCAGGACUACUCAAGACAGGAAGUAGCGUGAUUUCUGGCUCAGUCACCGACACCCUUUCAGGCUCUAGCAGGUCUGCCUCAAAUGACUCUAGAAAUAAUGUGAAAUAUGCAGCAAAGGGUUCUUCACAGGUUUCUGGCAGCUCAAGGAAGCGGGCAAGAAAGGGGUGGACGACACUGAAACAGAUAGCUGAGAAGGAUGAGCUCGAAAGGAAGGAGAAGAUGGGUAAUUUUGUAAUCCCGUUCUUCAUGCAGUAA